AUGGCUCUCUCCCAAGUCAUGAAACGUCCCAGAAAGCUGCUACAGGACAGCAGUCAGACACUAUGCCGAGCUCUAGGUCUCAAUGUCAUAUUUUCUUUCUUUGUGUUUCUGCGUCACAAAGCAGUAGGAAAAGGAUACACCGAGCCGACCAAGAUCGCCAUACGUAGGAGUCGGACGGCAGCUUUACUGCGAGCUCUGAUCCAUAUCGUCCCGGUGGGUGUGGCCUUGUGGGAGAUCGUGUUGAACUGGAACACCUACUUCGUGGGAUAUGCUAUCUACAAUCAGGCUUACUAUCAGUUUGGAGCUAAAAUACACGAAAUAGCUAUCGAGGCGUCGCUAUCCGCUGUCAUCUUCUCGUACGUGAGAUACGAGUUGAUGCUUGGGGACGGUAUACCAUUCGGAGCACUUUUCUCCGGCCUUCAAGUCUCGCAAGCUAGUUACCUCUGGUCUAUGGAGUUCUGGGGCACCGUUCGCUCGAAGAAUAUCUCUUUGAAAAGCAAAUUACGUCUGUUGGUCGUGGUUACUGCAUCAGUCUUUCUUGCCGCUGUUGCCGGACCCACUAACGCAUCGGAACUGCCAAUGCAAUGCCUGAACGCAAAUACCUCGGAUAUUUACACUUUUGCAUGUCCUUCGCAUGGAUGGGAAGCUGUUCAGGACUUCAUUUACACUACAAUGAACACUCUAGACCCGAAGUAUCUGGCUUUGAUUGAAGUCGUCGGUCUCCCUGAGUGGGUAGAAGUGACAGGCCAUGGUUCGCUGCGCCACCUUGUGCUCGACACGGUGAUUUCUGUACAAGAGGGUUAUGAUCCAGACCCUAUCGUUGGAACCACACAGCAAUCAGUGAUUGCAGAUGCCUUAACGGAAACAGGAAACCUCUGGACCACUUUUAUAGCUAAUAUCUCCACGAGAGGACACGGCAGCGUAUUACAACAACUAGAUGCAGUGCACACCAUCAAAAAUGGCUACUAUCAACCUUAUACAAUAGCCUCAUGUGCAACCGACGUCAUCCAUGGUCCACAUGAUGAUAGCGCAGUUGCUUUUCCAGUUCCACCAGCGGAUUCGAUGUUGAAUCGGACCGAAUACAAUGACUCAAUACUAGACGUCUACUCGUUCGUGUACCCUGGCAUUACAAAGAAUCAAAUCCUUGGCACCCCUGGUUCCCUCGAAGAAAGUCGGCUCAGAUGGGUCGAGUUACCGCAAGAUCCUUUCAAUGGCUCUGCAAUCGGGGCUGUCAUUUUACUUCCUCGGUCAACCUUGAAUUCGACACAGGAGUUUUUAGUUUGCAACCUCGGCGCCGGCUGGGGUUCUUCCAUCAUAAAUACCUCGUCAUUCGCUGGCGGUACCACUUUCACGACCAGUGUUGUUGACCUGUCUGCCAUCGAACAAUAUGAAAACCCACCUGAAGCGAAUCAGAGCAGUCCUUAUUACGAAAGACCACCCCGAGCCGAGUCACUGGCCAAGACCAUAGUCAGCCAAUUUAAUCUACCUUUCUUUCCUGAGAAGCCAAUCAUCGUUACCGAGGUCUGGGCAAACUAUCUGAAUCCCUUCAUUCCAGCUUUGAAUACAACUGUGAUUGAUACUCUUAUGUCUACGCAUGCGCCUGUCGGAGAGCUGAGUUCCGAAGAACAAAUCGGAACAGCAAAAUGGGCCUUGGCUGGGCUUCUGGCCAACGGUCUCGCAAGCAUCGGCGCUACCAGUACACUUCAGGGAAAUCUCAAAACGGUCGUGAAAUCUGACGGGUCAAGCGAAUGGGCUGGAGAUUACUGGUUCUCCGGUAAGGGGGACGUAUUCACCGUCGAUCCAGAGGAAAGCAAGGACUGGGUGAAGCUCCGCGUCGACUCUACGGUCAAUGGUUAUGCCUACAACAUCCGUGGUGCAUCGCCGAAAGUUGCGAUCUCCUUUCUACUUGCCUAUUGUAUCACUGCUCUCAGCCACAUCUUAUAUGCCGGAAUCUCUGGUAUCUCUUCCACCUGCUGGGACUCCAUUGGCGAAGUGACAGCACUAGCCAUGAACUCCACCCCCACCACCCUCCUGAAGAACACCUGCGCUGGUAUCAUGGAACUGAAUAUCUUCAAACUCCCAGUUCGCGUCUUAGCGAUUCGCGAUGACGAGGGGGACGGCGAGCACUUGGAACUCGUGUUCGGCAAUGUGGACGAGAAGGAUGUGAGAGGGACCCCUAUCAAGCCGAAUAGGGUGUAUGGGACGCUGCCCAAGUUGGCGAAAGAGCAGAAGAGCGAGUGA